UAAUAUAUUAAUUUAAAACUAAUUAUUAAUUUUAAAGCACAACAAGUCAUGCUUUGUCAGAUAUAUACAAUAAUUGAAUAACCAUGAAAGUAUUACUAAUAUAUUCAUUAACAGCUUUUCUACUAAUUCAUGUUAUUGCUGCUUUACCAGAUGUUUCGUCUAAAAAUACAACAUGCGCCUCAAAUCAAUUUCAGUGUACUUCUGGAAGUUGCAUUCCAUUAAAAUGGAGAUGUGAUUCACGUCGUGAUUGUAAUGACAAAAGUGAUGAGCUAAACUGUCCUGAAUCAUGUGAUCCAGCAAGUUAUUUCCUAUGUAAUUCAACUGUUUUACCGAAAUGCAUUCCUCUUAAAUUUAAAUGUGAUUAUGAACGUGAUUGUUAUGAUGGAAGCGAUGAGCAAAAUUGUUUAUCCAAGAAAUGUCCAGAUGAAAAUGAGUUCAUGUGCUCAACAACAAAAAAGUGCAUUCCAUCAUCAUGGAAAUGUGAUGGCCAAUUUGAAUGUGAUGACUUAUCUGAUGAAACAAACUGCACAUAUUAUAAAACUAAACCACCAUUUUGUAAUCCAGAAAAUCAGUUUAUUUGCAAUGAUGGUCAAUGCAUUAACAAUAAGUGGUAUUGUGAUGGGUAUCCUGAUUGCUUUGAUAAAAGCGACGAACCAAGCAAUUGCAAUAAGAAAAAAUGUGCUGAAAAUGAAUACUCAUGUAAAUUAAAUCAAAAAUGUAUUCCUAAUGCAUUUUUAUGUGAUGAGAAGGAAGAUUGCGAUAAAAAUUCAAAUCAAGCGAAUUCUGAUGAUGAAAAUCCUUCAAUGUGUUCUUUACUUUUUAAAUGUGAAGAAAAUUUUUUCAAAUGUCCUGGAACUCGCCAAUGUAUAAGUCUUGAAAAACUUUGCAAUGGAGUAGCUGAUUGUUCUGACUCUGCAGAUGAAGGGUAUAAAUGCGAUCAAAGUAAAUGUGAAAACAAGUGUGAAUAUAAGUGUCAAAAACAACCAAAUGGUGUAGGGAUUUGUUUGUGUCCAUCACUUUAUAAACUUUCACCAGAUAAUCAUACCUGUACAAUUGUAAAUCAGUGUGACAACAAUGUUUGCAGUCAAUUAUGUAAAAUGGUUGGAAAUGAUUUUCAGUGUGGCUGCUUUCCUGGACAUGUUCUUGAAAAUAAAACAGAUUGCAGAUAUAUUGAUUCAGGGGAUAUUGAGCUGAUUUAUGUUGAUAUAAAAGUAAUAAAGCGAUAUAAUUUAAGAACAGGAUUGCACACUUCAUUAGUUACUAGUAUGACACGUGGUGUAGCAUUAGAUUAUGACAGCAACUCUAGCAAACUCUUUUAUACAGAUGUAACUGAAAAUCUUAUUAAAUCUGUGUACCUGCAUGGUGAUUCUAAAACAAUCAAUGAGGUUAAUCUUGUUAAAACUGGUCUUGCUGUUCCUGAUGGAAUUGCAGUUGAUUGGAUUACUAAAAAUGUUUACUUUGCUGAAAGUUCAGCUAAAAGCAUUGAUGUGGUUUCAUACGAUGGCAAAAUGCGCGCUCCACUUAUAUCAGAUGGGUUAGUCAGCCCUAGAGGACUUGCAGUUGAUCCAAAAAAGGGUUACUUAUUUAUUACAGAUUGGGGUGGGGUAGCUAAAGUGUUACGCUCACAAAUGGAUGGAACAAAUUUGCAAGUUUUAGCCACAGAAAAUGGUGGAUGGCCUAAUGGCAUUACAAUUGAUUAUUCUAUGGAAAUAGUAUAUUGGAUAGAUGCUCGUUUUGAUUAUAUUGAUUCAAUGAAUUAUAAUGGAACUCAGAGAAGAACUGUCAUCAAAGGAAAGCAAUAUGUAGCUCACCCUUUUGCUAUUACUGUAUUUGAAGAUUACCUAUAUUUUACAGACUGGAUGAAGAAAGGUAUUGUGAAAGUCCACAAGCAAAAAGGGUCAGAAGACUAUAGUAUCAUUCUUGGUAAUUUAUCCAGACCAAUGGAUAUCCAGGUUCUUACAACUGGACGGCAGUUUUAUACACCUAACCCUUGUAUUUCUGCAAAAAACAAAUCUCGCUUUUGUCAGCAUUUAUGUGUUAUUAAGUCACAGUAUGAGUUUGCAUGUUUGUGCAAAUAUCGUUACAGACUAAAAGAUGAUGGCUAUUCUUGUGAAUUUGUUGAUACUUUUCUUAUCUUUGCUCGAAGCUGGGAAGUUCGAGGUAUAUCUCUAGACUCUACAUACUCUUAUGAUGUUACCAUACCUAUACUUGGUCUAAAUAGUGCUGUUGGUGUAGACUUUGAUACGCUCGAAGAAUAUAUUUACUUUAGUGAUGUCAAACUAGAUAAAAUUGGACGUGUGUACAUCGGCAAUGACAGUGGGGGUGAUAUAGAAUGGGUUGUCUCUGAGCACUUGGAAAAUACUGAUGGUGUUGCUGUUGAUUGGGUUGGUAGGAACUUAUAUUGGACAAACUACAAAGUUAAAGGAGGUUCUGAAAUCUCUGUUUCAAAAUUGGAUGGAAAGUAUCAAAAGACUUUAUUGCAGGAAGAAAUUUAUAAACCUAGAGCCAUUGUAGUCCAUCCAUCUAUGGGGUAUUUAUUUUACACAGAUUGGUUUGCGCCAGCGAAAAUUGGAAGAGCAAACUUAGAUGGUACUAAUCAUGUUAUUCUAGUAAAUUUGACAGAUCUAAUAUGGCCUAAUGGAUUAGCUUUAGACUAUGACGAAAAUAAAGUUUAUUGGACUGAUGCCAAAAUUGAUAGAAUUGAAUCCAUGGACUUUGAUGGUAGAAAUCGGGUUGUAGUUAUUGCCAAUACUCAACACAGUUUUGGGUUAGCAUUAGAUGAUACAUAUAUUUAUUGGACAGACUGGUUAUCAAAAGAGAUUUUACGAGCUAAGAAAAAUAACAUUUCAGAUGUAAAUGUUUUAAGAAAUUCUUAUAGUGGGUUGAUGGAAAUUCAGAUAUAUAAUAGAAAAGUACAAAAAGGUAAUAACAUUUGUGCUGUAGCAAAGUGUGAACAGUUGUGUUUAUUAAGACCAAAUAAUUCAUACAUAUGUGCAUGUGGAUUUAACUACACACUUAUGAAAGAUGGAAAAUCAUGCGUAGCUGGAAAUGAAACUUGGAAAGAGUACUCAUGUCGUGAAGGAUAUUUUUAUUGCGACAAUCUUUGCUUUCGCAAUUCUUCAAAAUGUGAUGGAUACAAAGAUUGUACCAAUGGUGAAGAUGAAGAUUCCUGCGAUAAUAUGGUGUGUGAUGAAAGUAAAAUAAAAUGCGAGGAAGAUAACCUUUGUAUUCCUUUAACAUGGCGAUGUGAUAGAGAGAAGGAUUGUUCAAAAGGAAGCGAUGAGAAGAAUUGCACUUACCCUAUAUAUUGCAAUUCAACAACUCAGUUUGCAUGUCAGACAGGAGGUUGCUUAGAACUUAUUCAUAAAUGUGAUGGUGAAUUUGAUUGCUUUGAUAAGAGUGAUGAGAUAAAUUGUGCACUAAAAAAAUGUAACAGUAUUACUCAAUUUCAAUGUUGGUCCAGUGGCAUAUAUGUUAGUGGACCUCCAAGUGGUCCUUGCAUUCCUUUGGAGUGGGUUCAAGAUGGUGUAAAUGAUUGUCUUGAUGGGUCAGAUGAAGCAGGAUAUAUUACAGACUGCUAUAACAGUUCACUUGGCUCUAACAGUUCUUCUAGUUCUAACAGUUCUUAUAGUUCUAACAGUUUAUUUAGCCGUUGCAACAAUUUUCAAUGCAUUUCAAAAACUUUAUGGUGUGAUGGGUUCAAUGAUUGUGGCGAUUGGUCUGAUGAAAAGAACUGUUCCAAUCAAAUAUAUAGUAACUGUACAUUUAAUAAUGGUUCAGUCGAUAUUGUUUGUGACAACUGUUUACUUGAUGUUGAGUUUCGCUGUGUUAAAAGUCAGAAGUGUAUUUCAAACAGAUUUUUGUGUGACUACAUAAAAGAUUGUGAUGAUGCAUCAGAUGAAAUAAACUGCAAUUACACAGAAUGCACAGCAGGCCAUUUUCAAUGUCAAAAUAAACAUUGUAUUCUUUUAUCUCAUCGAUGUGAUAACACUGAUGAUUGUGGUGAUAACAGUGAUGAAGUAUCUUGUGGUAGUUUGGUUGAAAAAACAUGUAAAGAUACAGAAUGGAAAUGUCAAAAUUCAACAAAGUGUAUUCCUAUAGCUUCAGUGUGUAAUGAAGUUAACGACUGCCCUUUAUCUGACGAUGAAGGGCCUUUAUGCAAACUAAAUGGAUGUUUGCAAAAAAAUGGUGGUUGUUAUCAUUUUUGCAGCCAAACGCCAAAUGGCGUACAGUGCAGCUGUCGAUCAGGAUACAUACUAUCUAAUGAUUCACAGACUUGUGAAAAUAUCAAUGAGUGUUCUAUUAAUAAUGGUAUGUGUAGUCAGCUUUGCUAUGAUACCAAAGGGUCUUAUAAGUGCAAAUGUGCAGAAGGAUACUUUUUACGUGAAGGAAGUCAGUCAUGUACAGCUGGUGGUCCAAGUCCAAGUAUUAUUUUCUCAGAUGGUAAAUCAAUACGUGAGAUCAACUCAGCAACAGGUGAUUUAAAAUCGUUAGUAGAUGGAUUAUCAAAUGCUAUUGGUGUAGACUUUCAUUGGCAAGAGCAGCGCUUGUAUUGGUCAGAUGUUGGUACAGAUAAAAUUGAGCGAAUGUUUCUAAAUGGAUCAGGUCGUGAAGUAAUAAUUAGCCAAGGGAUGAAUUCACCUGAAGGGAUUGCAAUUGAUUGGGUAGCAGAAAAUAUUUAUUGGUCUGACAUGCGUUUGGAUACUAUUGAAGUAGCAAGACUAGAUGGAACAAUGCGAUCAGUUCUUAUUUCGUAUGAUAUUGAUGCACCACGAGCUCUUGCUGUUGAUCCAAGAUAUGGUUUCAUGUUUUGGACUGAUUGGGGAAAACAACCACGUGUUGAACGUGCUGAUAUGGAUGGAAAUAAUAGAUUGAUUUUGCGCAAAACAGAAAUAAUAUGGCCUAAUGGUCUUACUCUUGACCUUGCUACAAAAAAAAUCUACUUUGCUGAUGCUAGAUUAGACAUUAUAGUUUCCAUGAACUACGAUGGACUUAACCAAGAAACAAUUCUCAAACAAAACAUUUUGAAACAUCCUUUUGGGUUAUCAGUGUUUGAAGACUAUGUAUAUUUUUCAGAAUGGACUCCAAGCUCUAUAAGAAGAGCAAAUAGAAUUAGUGGUGGUCAAAAGUAUUUUUUCAAUGCUUCAUUAGUUAGACCAAUGGCGAUUCAAGUUGUACAUCCAGCUAGACAACCCAUAAAUAACUUUUUCAUUAAUUACUGUCUUUCACACAAAUGCUCACAUUUAUGUGUUCUGAGACCGCUAGGAUAUAAUUGCAAAUGCCCCUACGGAAUGGAGCUCGCUGAUGCUUAUACGUGUAUCGAUAUCAAAGAAGUUUUGAUUUAUGCAAGAAGAACAGAGAUAAGAGGAAUAUCUUUAAAUUCAUCUGAUGCAGUUGAUAAAAUUAUUCCAAUUAUGGGAGCUCAAAAUGCUAUUGGAAUAGACUUUCACUUUCAACAAAAGUAUAUAUACUGGACAGAUGUUACUAAAGAUUCCAUCAGCAGAAUAUUUUUGAAUGGUACUGGAAGGGAAGAUAUCAUACCAUCAGGUCUUCCAGCACCUGAUGGUAUAGCUAUUGACUGGAUAGCUGAUAUUCUCUAUUGGACGGAUGCUGAUACAGAUAAAAUUGAAGUUUCUCGACUUGAUGGUAAAUUUCGAAAAGUAAUUGUGUCAAAAGAACUUUCACAACCACGUGCAAUUGUACUCCACCCUGUUAAAGGAAAAAUGGUUUGGACUGAUUGGGGUAGUAAAAACAUUGAAAGUGCAUCAUUAGAUGGUACUAAUCGUUUAGUUCUUGUGAAAGAGGGUAUAGGGUAUCCAAAUGGUGUAGCAAUUGAUUAUGAAACAGAUAGAAUUUAUUGGUGUGAUGCUCUUUAUGACAAAAUUGAAUCAAUUUUUCUCGAUGGUUCAGAUAGAAAAGCAGUUGCUAUUAAAGGAAAAUAUACAAUUUCUCAUCCGUUCGGAAUUUCAGUGUUUAAUGGUGAUCUUUAUUGGACUGAUUGGAGUAGAAGAUCAAUCUCAAGGUUAAAUAUGACAUCUGGAAAAGUGACUGAAAUGCGCACAAACCUUCUCAGCUUAAUGGGAUUAAAAAUUUAUCACAAAGAUCAACAAAAAGGUACAAAUCCAUGUGCACAGGGAAAGAACAUAUGUUCACACUUAUGUUUUGCAACAAAUGAAUCUUUCACUUGCGGAUGUGCUACUGGUUUUGAAUUGCAUCAAAACAACAAGUCCUGCAUCAGUUCAAAGUCAUUUCUACUUUAUUCUACAACUACUGAAAUACGUGCAACACCGUUUAAUGAACAGGAAUCUGACUCAAUAGCUCCCAUUUUAGGGUUAAAAUCUUCUUAUGCUAUUGAUUUUUUGUACAAAACAGGAACAAUUUAUAUUGCUGAUGAUAUGGAGCGUGCUAUCUUUAAAGUCCAAAAAGAUGGAAAUAAGUUGGAGAAGAUUAUUACGACAGGACUUGAAAGACCUCAAGGCAUAGCAGUAGAUUGGAUUGCAGAGAAUAUUUAUUGGAGUGAUGCUGGCUCCAAUCUUAUUGAAGUUUCAAGGCUAAAUGGCUCCCAUAGAAUUGUACUAAUAAAUAAUGGAAUUGAGAACCCUCGUGCUCUUGCUGUAUACCCUAGUAAAGCUUUUAUCUACUGGACUGACUGGGAUAAUAAAGCACCAAAAAUUGAGAGAUCAAAUCUGGAUGGAAGUAACAGAAUAGUAUUAGUAAACACAACCAUAAUGAAAAGUAUCGGAGAAAAUAUUGGUUGGCCAAAUGGUUUAACAAUUGAUUACGACACUGACACUAUCUAUUGGGUUGACGCAAAAUUUGAUAUGAUAAUGACUAUGAAUAUACAUGGAGAAAACAUAAAAAGGCUAAAUAUUUCUGCUCAUCUUCCUCAUAUGUAUGCUAUAACUGUUUACAAAGAUAAUCUUUAUUGGACAGAUUGGAAUGAAAAAUCAAUCUUUAAAGUGUCUAAAACUGGUGAAUUGGUGAAUGUUUUGCGUGGAAAGAUUGAAAAUAUAAGAGACAUUCAUGCUUAUGAUGAAUCAAGACAAACAGGAACAAAUGUAUGCAGUGAGAAUAAUGGCGGCUGUGCUCAUUUAUGUCUUGCAACUUCAAACAUUACAAAAAGAUGUGUUUGCUCUCAUGGAAAGCUUUCUGCAGAUCAGCUUAACUGUGAAGAGUCAUCUGAAUUUUUGAUUUUUGCCAAACGUAAUGAAAUACAGUUUCUUGAUUUAAAUCCAUUUUAUACAUCAGCUCCUUAUCCACCAAUUACAUUGCUAGAUAAUGCUAUUGGUAUUGAUUUUGAUUUUUCCAGAAAGAUUAUCUUCUAUUCAGAUAUAUUUAAGAAAGAAAUUGGAAGUAUAGAACUAGGAGGUGCUGAGAAAACAACCCUUGUUAAAGGCUUAAAAACGCCAGAUGGAAUAGCAUAUGAUUGGACUUCAGGAAUGCUAUAUUGGACAGAUGCUCAGGAAAAAACCAUCAAUCGCUUAACUAAAAAUCAAACUAAAGAAGUUCUAGUUCACGAUGAACUAGAUGAACCAAGAGCAAUUGCUCUUAGCCCGUGUGAUGCUUUAAUGUAUUGGACAGAUUGGGGAAAGAAGCCUUAUAUUAAAAGAGCCUCUGUCAAUGGAUUAAACCCCAUGGCUAUUAUUGAAACUAAUCUUGGCUGGCCAAAUGGUCUUACUGUUGAUAUUUCAGAAAGUCGUAUUUAUUGGGCAGAUGCAAGGACAGACAGGAUUGAAUCAGCUGAUAUGAAUGGGAGAGACAGAAGGACUGUAAUUCAGAAUGUUCCACAUGUUUUUGGUGUGACACUACAUGGAUUGUAUUUGUAUUGGACAGAUUGGCACACAAAAUCUGUAAAGCGUGCAGAUAAACUUACUGGAAAGAAUGUUAGAAUAUUUAAAGAUAAACUUGAUGCACAGCCUAUGGAUAUCAAAGUCUACUCAUCGUCAAGACAAAAUUGUACUUAUUCAACUUGCUUUAAUAACACCUGCUCACAUAGUUGUCAAUCAGUGAAUGGAAGAUCUAUAUGUUCAUGUCCAGCUCAAAUGGUUUUAGUUGAUAAUGUUAGAUGCAUAUCCCAAGUCAUUACUCCACAGUGCAAAGAUAAACCAAAUAUGUUUGUAUGCGCAAGUGGUCAACAGUGCAUUGAGAUGGAACACAUUUGUGAUGGAGAGAAAGACUGUGAAGAUAAUUCAGAUGAAGAUAAGAGUGUUUGCAGUAAUUGUCCUUCAAACCGUUUUACUUGCAAGAGUACUGGAAAAUGCAUACAGUUGCGUUUUAAAUGUGAUGGAGAAGCUGAUUGUGAGGAUGGUAGUGAUGAAUUCGGCUGCAAACCAGAAUGCAAAGAAGGUUAUUUCAAAUGUGUUAAUGGAAAAUGUAUUCAGCCACGUUUCAAUUGUAAUGGAGAAAAUGAUUGUGGAGAUAAUUCAGAUGAAGAGAGCUGUCCUCCCUCUAAAUGCUUGCCUAAUUUUUUCAAAUGUGAAACCUCUACAGGUUGUGUUCGAGAUGGGUGGGUGUGCGAUGGCAUGAACGAUUGUGCUGAUGGUUCUGAUGAAAAGUUGUCAAAUUGCAAAAAGGACAAGUGUUCAACUGAAGAUUUUCAGUGUGAUGAUCAGCGCAAGUGCAUUCCAUUAUCAUGGAAGUGUGACAAAGAUUUUGAUUGUUAUGAUGGCUCUGAUGAAAAAAUUUGUGAUUUACACAACAUCACUUGCUCAGAUAACAAGCAUUUAUGUGGAGACGGAAGUUGUAUUUCUGCACUUUUUAAUUGUGAUGGUGAAAGUGAUUGCUCUGAUGGUUCUGAUGAAAAAAACUGUAACAGAACAUGCCUUCCGAAUGAGUUUAGAUGUCUGACUACUUCAAGAUGCAUCCCUAUACAUUAUCAGUGUGAUGGUGACAAUGACUGUGGAGAUAACUCAGAUGAAUCUGAUAGAAAUGGUUGCAAUAAACAUACUUGCAAGAAAGGAGAGUUCCAGUGUUCAGAUGGAAUGUGCAUACGAGAAGAUUGGCGUUGUGAUCAUGAGACAGAUUGUGCUGAUGCUUCUGAUGAACUUGGAUGUAAUUGCAAUAUUCAAACAUCUUUUAAGUGUUUAUCAGGGGAAUGUUUAUCCAAAAUUGUUAAAUGUGAUGGCACAAAAAAUUGUAAAGAUGGCUCUGAUGAAAGUGAGAGUAUUUGUCCAUGCAAUGGAGGAAAGUUUAUGUGUAGAAGCAAUAGCAGUGAAUGUAUUUUAGAGUCUCAAGUUUGUAACAAACAAAAAGAUUGUUCCGAUGGCUCUGAUGAAAAGUCUUGUUUCAUUAAUGAAUGCGCUCAUGCUUCAUUAAAUCUGUGUGCUCAUAUUUGCAAAGAUCUCCCGCAGGGCUAUGAGUGCUUAUGUAAAAAUGGUUAUAAAUUAGAAAGUGAUAAGAUGUCAUGUGUUUCUAAUUGUGAUGAUUAUGCAAACCACGGUUGUUCCCAAUUGUGUCAAACUCUAAACAAUAGUAUAAAUGGAGAACACCACUGCAGUUGUGCGCCUGGUUAUUCUUUAGAUAUUAAUUUACGAUCUUGUAAACAUAACUCAGAUGUAAAACCAUUCUUACUAAUUGCAAGUAAGCAGUCUAUAAAUUUUUUGUCUAUUUCUCAAAAUCCACUUACAUAUGAUAUUUUAAAGAGAGCUAGAAGGGAUGCUAUAUCUGCUGACUUUGAUUGGAAGACUCAAUCUUUUUUUUGGAUUGAUUUAAACCCUGGUGAAAUUCAAAGGUCUGGUUUUAGCAAAAACUCUGAGGUAAAAUCAGUGUUGAAAGAUAUAUCUCCUAAUCCUUUUGAUAUAUCUUUUGAAUGGAUUGGUAAGAACUUAUAUUUUACUGACUGGGCACAUGAUAGUAUUUAUGUUACAAACAUGCAUGGUCAGUAUAAGAAAAAAUUAUUUAAGGACCGUGUAAAUCAACCAUUAUAUUUAGUUUGUCAUCCAAAGUCAGGAUAUUUGUUUUAUACUUCUAAAACAUCAGGAAUAAAUUACUAUGGUUCAAUUUCUCGAGUUGGUUUAGAUGGUUCAAAAAAAGAAGUGCUUUUUUCCAAAGAUAUUAAAUACCCCCAAGGUUUGACCAUUGAUCAUGUUACACAAACUCUGUAUUGGAGUGAUUCAGUUCUUAAACGAAUUGAAUAUGUACAUUUAAGUGACCCCAAACUGACUCGUAAAAUACUUGUUAAAAUUGCAGGAGAUGUUUUUAGUCUCUCAUUGUUCGAAGAUUAUUUGUAUUAUUCAUCUCAAGAUCCUUUUACUUUAAAUAGAGUUCAUCGGUGGACGGGUCAAAAUUCAACUGUGAUUAAGAAAAGUAAAGACAAGUUUUACAGUGUUAAGGUAGUACAUCCAUUGCAGCAACCUGUUAUUGAUAAUCCAUGCAAAGAUGCUGGUUGUUCUAUCUUUUGUUUACUCUCUCCUGGGACUGGAUACCAAUGUGAUUGCCCUGAUAACUUUCAUAUAAGUAGCGAUGGUAAAACAUGUCUAUCUAACUGCACCACUGGUCAGUUUAAAUGUAAUAAUAACAGGUGUAUUUCAAAUGCUUGGCGUUGUGAUUCAGAAAAUGACUGCGGAGACAAUUCAGAUGAAAUGAAAUGUGAUGCAGUUAAUUGUGGUUCAAAUAUGUUUUUUUGCAAUAAUGGCAAUUGCACUCGUCAGUUUUAUAUAUGUGAUGGUGACAACGAUUGUGGUGACAAUAGUGAUGAGUUGAACUGUAAAGAUAGACAAUGUUAUAGCUAUCAGUUUCGAUGUGCCAAUGAUCUUUGUAUUUUACAAAGCAAACGUUGUGAUGGAAAAAAUGAUUGUGGAGACCAAUCAGAUGAAGAAAAAUGCACUAAUGUGACAAGUUUAUGUUCUCUUGAAACAAGCUUCCAAUGCAAAAAUGGGCAAUGUAUAGCUAAACAAUGGAAAUGUGAUGGUGAUUAUGAUUGCACUGACAGAAGUGAUGAACAAUUAGAAGAAUGCAGUUUUAAACAAUGUCCAAAAGGAUUUUUCAAAUGCAAUAAUCAAAGAUGUAUAUUGAAUCGCUACAAAUGUGAUGGAGAUAAUGACUGUAAAGACAAUAGUGAUGAGGAAUCACCUGAAUGUAAUAGUGAAAAAUGCAACCCAAGUAAUCAUUUUCUUUGCGAAAAUAAAAAAUGCAUCUCAAAGUUGUGGCGUUGUGAUGGUGAGAGGGAUUGCAAUGAUGGCUCAGAUGAAGCAAACUGCUCUAAAAUGGCAUGCCCAAAUAACAGAUUUUUAUGUAACAACCAAAAUUGUGUUGCAAAGGACUUUGUGUGUGAUCAUGAUAAUGAUUGUGGCGACAGUUCUGAUGAAAAAAAUUGCAGCAAUAUGUGUUCAAAAAAUCAGUUCAAAUGUGGUGAUGGAAAAUGUAUUGAAAGUUCAUGGCGUUGUGAUAAUGUAGCUGAUUGUCUUGAUAAAUCUGAUGAAAUUAAUUGCAUUUCUUCUGCAAAACCUCUGUGCCCUUCAAGUUUGUUUCAGUGUAAUGAUGGCUCCUGUAUCCGACAAGAUUGGGUUUGUGACAACAUGACUGAUUGCUUUGAUGGGUCUGAUGAAGACUUUAAGAUGUGCAGCUCAAAAACAUUCUGUAAUCCAGAAGUUAAAUUUCCAUGUGCUACAUCUGGUAUUUGUUUACGAAAAUAUAAAUUUUGUAAUGGUAUUCAAGAUUGUGAAGAUGGUAGUGAUGAAAAAUCAUGUCCAACAAAAGACUGUAAGAUAACUGAUUUAAAAUGCGGAGAUGGCUUUUGUGUAGAUGAAAAAAAAAGAUGCGAUUAUUAUAGAGAUUGUGCAAAUAAUGAAGAUGAAAAUGAUUGCGCCCAUAGUCACGCAAACUCAGUUAUAUGUGAUCAUCAAUGUGGAGCACAUAGAUGUGUUCAAAAUGGUAGUUGGAUACAGUGUCAGUGUGGACCAGGGUAUAAGUAUGAUGAAAAUAAAACUUGUGUUGAUAUAAAUGAGUGUGAACAAACACCACUUAUUUGCAGUCAGAUUUGUAAUAAUAUUAAAGGGAGCUUUUUGUGCAAGUGUGCAAAUGGUUAUGAGCAUAAUGAUAUUGGUGAAUGCAAAGCUAUUGGUCCUCCUUCUAUUUUAUUUAUUCCAACCAAUAGGAAGCUGAUGAAAAUUUAUCAUGGAGAUUAUACUUUGGAGACUGAUUUAGGGCAUAUAGCCUCAUUUGAUUUUAAUUAUGCUAUGCUCCCAAUUUUGUAUACUACUGAUGGGAACAGCUCAAUGACAAUAUUUACUCUUUCAGAUGAAUUUCUGGUAGAAUCUAAUAAACUUCACCGGCGUUCCAGUGAGCCAAGGUAUAAAACGAUAAAUACUUUAAUUAAUGUUUCGCCAAGUCAUAUUGUAGCUGAUUAUAUUGGAAAUAAUGUUUACUGGGUUGAUUCCAGACUUGAUUACUCUGGAAUUUAUAUGGCAAAUUAUAUAGGACAAUUCAAAAGAAAUGUACUAAAACGUACUAUGAAGAUAGAAGCAUUUACCUUAAACUCUGAGGAAGGCAAAAUGUAUUGGUGUGAGAAUUCAUUUGAACCACAGAUAUUUGAAGCAUAUAUGGAUGGAUCAAAUGUAAAAUCAUUUUUUUCUGAAAAUCUUGAGUUUCCCACAAGUUUAGUAGUUGAUCCAGCUUCAAAAAGGUUGUUCUGGGCUGAUAUGAAAAAACAAACUAUUGAAAGUGUUGUCUUAGAUGGGACAUUGCACAUGGUAGUGAUAGACUUUUCUAGACACCCUAAACAUUUCUUACCAGUUUCAAUUGAUGUUUUUGAAGGUAAUAUUUAUGGCUUGAUGAAAUACAGUGGAAGUGUAUUUAAAGUUGAUAAGUUGGGUAAAGGACAUUUUUCAAUUUUAAAAGAAGAUCUUUUUAAAACAUCUCAGCUUCGUGUUUAUCAUCAAUCUAGACAGUUAUCUACUGUUAAAGAUUUUAAAAAUCCAUGUUUAUUCUCAAACUGCCCUCAAAUGUGCAUUGUGAUUGGUGGUACUGCUAAAUGCAUUUGCCAUGAAAAUGCUGUCAACUGUGAUAAAAUUCCUUGCAAUAAUAGUUUUUGUAGUGACAAUGGAAACUGCACAGUAAUUAAUGGAAAAAACAGCUGUUUAUGUAACAAAGGUUUCCAAGGGAACAAUUGUAGCACACAAACCUUAUGUGACAAAUUAAUUUGCAAAAAUGGUUUUUGUACAGUCAAUGAUGAUAAACCAGAAUGCAUCUGUGAUAAAAACUUUGUCCUCAGUGAAAAUAGUCCAUUUGACUGUAUUCCUUUGUGCACUAAAGAAUGUCUCUAUGGUUACAAGUGUGUUUUUGAUACCAAUAAUGUUCAAGUUUGCAGUUGUUCAUCAAGUAAUUGUACUAAUGUGGAUAAUCAAAAAGGAGCUUCAACUAGGCUGUUAACAACUUUGAUUCCAGUGAUCAUUGGUGUUUUAUUGGCUAUUGUAGUAUUGGUUGUAAUUGCCAUAAAACGAAGAAGACAAUACAAUCAGUAUGCACCAAGAAAGAUUAAAAAUCUAGAAAUGGAAAAUCCAACUUUUGCAUAUAGUGGAUUGCAAGACCAGAUUUAUGAUGACUCAUUUCCUGAACCUGAUCAUUUUAUGACAGAGCAUAAGAAUUUCAAUGAAAUUACAUAUGACCCAUCCGAAGGAGAAUCUCUAGAUCGUAUGCUUUUUCGAGAUCCAUACAGCGAAAAAUUAAAAUUGGUUGAUGACGACUUCGAUGCAUGAGUUUUUAGAUGCUUUGGAAUUUUUUCUGUCGAAUUCAUUUUUCGUGGUGAAAUAUGGAAUUGAUCUUAAAGUAGAAUUGAUUCUUUUGAAGUGUUUUCGCCUGUUAAGUAUAAGCUUAGCUUUUAACAGGAAUUCUUUUGAGAUGUUCGAAAACAAAAAACAACGAUAAAACUUUUAAACUUUUCUAUUUAUUUGUUCUACUAUUUAUUUUAUUUAUUGUAAUUAACCUGUUCCUGCAGUCAUAUUUUUUAUUUCUGACAUUAUUAUUUUUUAAACCUUAUAUUACGGUAUUUGUUUUAUUGCGGUAUAUGCUUAAAAUGUUACGGUAUUUGUUAUAUUACGGUAUAUGCUUGUAAAGCAUUAAUCUCUUUCCUUUUUUCUCUCGAUAUUUUCGAUAUUAUUUUUUAUUUUUUUCUUUGACGAAAUGAGGCAGUUAGGCAAUAUUUUAAGGAAAUCUAAUACAGCUUUAUUUAUUUUGUUACAUGUGCAUCGCCGAUUUUAGCCUACACCAGACUGUUGGCUUUAAAUUAAAAUUUUUAACGAUCUUAUUUUAACAUAACCCAUUCGUUAAAGAAAAGUGUGCAAUAAAAUUUUUAUUUUUAUUAAAUUUAUCAAUAAAGUUCAAUACAAUUUUAGAAAUUCUGUUUUGUACGGUUUUUAUUUAAUGGAUUUUUAUUGUAAAUUUAA